GUUACACCUUCCCCGUUGGGUUGUCUGCUCUUGAGCAUUGGGGUAGAAUUUUUAAAAAAUGUAUCGUUUAUUAUCGAGACAGCCACCUGUUAUUAGGUUAAGUCAAGCGACAUUAUUAGAAAUAUCAAAGAACAGCAUCCCUGGGCUUCAAGUUUCAGUGCAGUUCUGCAGAUGUAAGUCGAGUAGCAAUGACUAUAUACAUGAGAGCAUUGUCCCGUCAGAUCACUUUCAGAAAAGCUUACCAAGACUUCCCAUUCCAAAGCUUGAACAAACGUGUGAGAGAUAUCUCGCAUCCCAGGCUGUGCUUCAGACAGAACAAGAACAUGCCUCAACUAAACAGUUAGUUGAUGAAUUUUUGAAAGGGGAAGGAAAAGAACUACAUGAACAGCUUGUUCAGCGGGACCAACAGAAUAAACAUACCAGCUAUAUCUCAGAGCCAUGGUUUGACAUGUAUUUGAAAGAUCGUCGACCAUUGUCAUUGACUCACAACCCAUUUAUAACAUUUACAGAUGACCCUAGGCCAGAGUAUAUGGAUCAGCUGGUCAGAGCCACUAACUUGGUAGUGUCAUCACUUCGUUUCAUGAAAACAUACAGAGCUAACUUGCUAGAACCUGAUGUAUAUCACCUGAAUCCCAAGAAAAGCGAUACAUUACAGUUCAGAAAGUUUGUCAGAAUGCUGCCACAAGCUAUUUCGUUCUAUGGUGCAUAUUGGUACAAAGCAUUUCCAUUAGACAUGAGUCAAUACCCAAACCUGUACAACUCAACUAGAAUUCCAAAACAUGAUAAGGAUGUUUUAUUCACUGACAGUUCAGCCAAGCAUAUGCUGGUAAUCAGAAAAGGUCACAUGUACCUGUUUGAUGCCAUUGAUAGAGAUGGAAACAUAGUUUCACCAGAGACAAUAAUGUCACAUAUCAAGUAUAUCCUGAAUGAUCCAAGACCUCCAAAUGAGUAUGCCCUCGGUGUGCUGACCACUAUGGAAAGAGAUAAAUGGUCCACUGUGAGAACACAGCUCUGUAAUGCAGAUUUGAAAGACGGUGGCGAUAUGAAUGAAUCAGCUUUCUUUUCAUCAGGGGUGAUGAACGAGGGGUACAUGAAGCUGGUAGACUCUGCCCUCUUUGUGCUGGCACUAGAUGAUACUACACCUGAGGAUCCUAAUGAGAUAACCAGGAACUUUCUUCAUGGAGAUGGAACAAACAGGUGGUUUGAUAAAAGUUUCUCCCUAAUACUUACAAAAGAUGGUCGAGCAGCAGUAAACUUUGAGCAUGCAUGGGGUGAUGGUGUAGCAGUUCUUAGAUACUUCAAUGAAGUUUGGAAGGAGUCAACCACCAAACCAUUUGUCCACCCUAGCACUGUACCAUCUAAUGUGGAUUCUGCUCUAACUGUACAGAAUAUAGAGUUUGCUCUGGAUCCAAAGCUAAAGGAAUAUAUUGAUGAAGCAAGAACUACCUAUGCCACCAAAUGCUCCAGUCUAGAUGUUGACCACCUGGAAUAUGAUAAAUUUACAAAAGAAUGUUUGAAGAAACAGAAGCUUAGUCCUGAUGCAAUUCUACAGCUUGUUAUACAGAUGGCGUAUUACAAACAGUAUAAUAAGACGGUAGCUACAUACGAGUCGUGCAGCACAGCUGCAUUUAGACAUGGUAGAACUGAAACCAUCAGAUCAGCAACACACGCUACAAAGAAAGCAUGUGAGAUGUUCAAUCAACAGAACAAUACAUACUCCGUGGGGGAUUUACGUGAAGCUCUGGAACAAAGCUCAAAGUAUCAUGGUCAGCUCACUAAAGAGGCAGCUAUGGGUCAGGGCUGGGACCGACACCUGUUUGCCAUGAAAUAUUACGCAGCUCAAGAAGGUACAGUACCAAUGUUGUAUCAAGAUCCGGGAUACACCAACAUCAACCAUAUCAUCCUAUCAACAUCAACACUCAGUAGUCCAUCUGUAGUGAUUGGGGGAUUUGGUGCUGUUACUCACAAUGGAUAUGGUGUGGGUUAUGCUGUAGAAAACGAGAGAAUUGGCUUCAAUGUUACCAACUAUCCACCAGAAACAAAUGUACACGAGUUUAUAGAGUGUCUCAAGGAAAGUUUAGAUGAUAUAAAUGCUGUAUUUGAAGGAAGAAAUCCAAGAAGCACAUGAUGCUGUAAGGCAAUAGGUCACUGAUAUACCUGUAGGACUAUUUAUAACUAUUUUUUAUAUAUAAAAUGUCAUUUUGUACAUUAUAGAAUAUCGUGUUAUACUGAAGAUGUUUUAUACAUUAGUUGUGUUAUUUUGAGUUGUUGCUCAGGCUGUAGACAUACAUUUUUGCAAUUCUAUGACCUUAAUAUGUUUUUAUUCCAACAGUAGAAUAUUUGCAAAAACAUCAUUAGAUUUCUUGACAUAAAUAUGGUAGCACUUGUUUUGAAAUACCUCCGGUACAUACAUAAAAGUACACUACAACUGAAGCUGCACAGGAUUACUAUAUUUUCUUGCAGAGCUAUACAUUGAAAUGAAAGAUCAAAUUUACUUACAGAAUGGUACAAAAAUGGCAUCUAUGAUCUCUGACUUCUGGCUGUUGUUUUUAAGUUUUAUAUAUAUAGCAGUGUAGUGUUGAAACCAUACUGGGUCAAAAGUUUGCUUAUGUAGGUAAAUGUUAGAAGGUAAAACAUUUUUGUUGAUCAGGAUUGUCUGAAAUUGUGCACUAAAAUAAAUUUUGCUAUUGAAAACGACAACACUUAAGCAUAUAUUAGCAUGCUUUCUUUACAGUCUCAACCUGCUUGAAACAUAACACCUGGUGUAUUGGUGCAAACAUAAAAAAAGUGCAAUUAACGGUGUAUUAGAUAUCAACCACGGUCCAACAAUUUUCAGUUCUGUAACAUAAAGAAUGUAAUACAUUAUGCAUAAACCUAAAAGUUGUGCAAACAAUUUGCUGCAAUUUAUCAUGUAAUGUGAGUGUUCAGAUGUAAUGUAUUGCAUUCUAUUCAUUUGAACAAACUUGUCUGUGAUAUAAUACUGUUGCAUGUAGUCACUGCCCUAUGUUAUUGCCUUUUGAAUACUGUAAAAUUGUUCAAUUUCGUAGGCAUGAAAUUCCGUGGUUUUGGUCAAAAAAGCAAUUUCAUGGGGAUAUGAAUUCGUGGAUUUCAACUUUUGAAC